GUAACCAUGUCGUCCUGGGGUAGUUUCUCUCAGACCUAUGUCAAUCCCGAGAACUUGAUUGCAGCAGAAAAACAGGUCGAUGCCUUUAUGGGACUUUACAAUCGAAUCCUCGAAACAUGCCAAGUCAAAUGCGUUCCUACCGAUUACCAUGAACCUGACCUGAACAAGGGUGAAUCGAAAUGCAUUGACCGAUGCGUAGGCAAAUAUGUUGGAUUCCAAAAAUUGAUUGCCCAAAAGAUGGAAGAGAAUGGCCCUACUCCUCCAACU